CCCCGGAGCAAGUAGAACCCCCCAUAUAGAUAUGUCCAUAAUUUCGCUCCCUGAUUUUACCUUGGAAUUAGGGGAUCUCGAUCACUGUAACUACUUUCUCGAAUUUCACACAACUCAAAAUUUUAAUUUCUAUUCUAUAAAUUGAGGAUCCUGGCUCUGCUUGAUGCUACUCUAUUUGAAUUUCGUCGUCAAUUCAUCAAAUGCUUCGCCCUCAAAGAUUGGUGUUUUGUAGCAUAUGAAUUAGUUGCUAUAGAGUCUGUAUUUUCGAUAGCAGUCGAGUCAGGAAGUUCAAUUUGGUGUAGAUGGGGAAACCCUUAAUCUAUGAGAUUUGGGAAAAACCAGCAACGAGUUGUAUAAUUGCGAUAUGCAGUUUGAUUUGGUUCUAUAUUCAGAAAAAGGGGAUUGGGUAUUCACAUGUGGGGUUGAAGUACGACACUGCAUUGGAGGGCCAUCAUUGGCGGGUAAUCACAUCUGCAUUCUCUCAUAUUAGCAUCCUUCAUCUUGUUUUCAAUAUGAGUGCACUCUGGAGUCUUGGGGUUAUAGAGGAGUUAGGGCAUUUAGGGCUUGGUGUCGAAUACUAUCUUCAUUACACGAUGUUGCUGGUUGUGCUCUCGGGGCUGCUAGUUCUCGGUAUGUACCACAUUUUGAUCAAUAAGUUCAAGAUUGAUUACUUCCGUAGAGUGACUGCUGUUGGAUACUCAUGUGUUGUUUUCGGGUGGAUGACUAUACUGUCGACAAAGCAGCCCUCUUCGAAGCUGGAGCUUUUCGGGUUCCUCUCCCUUCCUAUCAGUUUUGCACCUUUUGAGUCCCUCAUCUUCACGUCUAUAAUUGUGCCACAAGCAAGUUUUAUUGGUCAUUUAUCUGGGAUCAUCGUUGGGUACGCCAUUGCCUGGGGCGUGAUACAUGGGAUGACCAACUACUGGGCUGUAUCGAUGUUGGGAUGGAUUGUUCUUGUUUUCAUUUUUAGUUUGAAAAAGUCCGGUACGUACAAUUUCAGCUUUCUCAAGAUUGAAUCCAUGGAAGAUUCUUCCUUACCAUCUGUGCGGUUUCUUUCUUCUAGAAAUGGUGGUGUUUUGAAUCUUGUGUAGCUUCAUAAAGAAAUAGGUUCUGUAUGUGCAACUAUAAGGAUGCCACAGAAUAUUGGAUUAAGAAUAAGCUUUCUUUGGCAUGCUGUUUUCGAUGUAUCGAAAAGCAGCACUUUUAUCUUGGAUCUUAGUCCUCACUUGCAGCAGCCGUCAUAUUCUUGUAUCACAGGUUUGUCUUCUCUUACUAGUAAGAAAUAGGAUUCAAACUGAAUUAUUAUGCAUCAUAUCAGUGGUUAUGUUGUACAGAUAUAAUAAAGCACAUUUCUUGCA